AUGGAUGAAUCUGUCAAUAAUACUCCCUCUCGAGAUAUAAAAACCAUUCCGAGUACCCCUCCGGCCGAAGACUACGAAAGUAUCGCCACUCUUCCAGCGAUAACCCCAUCGCAAAGAUUCACCCAACCAACACAACUACUUGAACAUCCUUACUCGCGCCAUAGCACUGUCAUUCAAGUUGCUGCAUCUUCACCCAUUGGUCCAAUCUCUUCUCCUCCCCGCCGAAUCCAAGGCGGCUCACUUUCAUCCUUAAUCGCUCCUUCUGGGACUCAAUUCCGACCUCCUGCUUCUGGUCCUACAAAACGAACGCCAAAGUUUGAUAUCGACGACGGACCGACAUAUCGUGGUGGCUCAUCAGACGAAGAGUUUCACCUACAAAGUACAGAUAUCAAACCGUCUACGUUUGCGAAAACCAUUCGGAGUCUCGAAAAAGAAAAGAUCAUGGAGUCGCCCGUCCGCCCUGAGGCCGGGCCAAUGGAUCGGUUCCGAGAAAUUACAGCCUCUGCCAUGUACGAUCCGAACAAUACUGCACUCGCGAUCAAGCGGACUGCGGACCAGAUGAGUCCGCCGGCAACGAAGGGAGUUGCCACGAAAAAAGCGCGCCAAGAUGCGCCCUCUCGCGCACAACCUGUGGGAACUCCAGACAUCCUGCUUCAUGAAAUCAACGACUUCAGACUCCGUGUCAAAGUUGAGCGCAUUCUCAAAGUUAUGCCCCAUAUGACUGUUCGAAUCUGUAUGGAAGCGAUGUUAAAAGCAAAGGGCAACUACGAUGAUGCCCUCCAAAUCCUUGCCAACAUGGAUGCUGCCGACAAUGAAAAUGGUCCCGUGGUGAUUGAAUCUUCCGAUGAUGAAUUGAGUGGCUCGCCGGCUACGGGCCCGGUUCCCAUGGCCAAGCAGAACAUUAAAGCUCGUGGCACCAUCCAGGACAAGUGGGCGGCAAUGAAGCAACCCAAGGGCCAGGAUUCCGAUGACGAAGGAAAACCUCGCCGCCGACUCAUUCGUGGACCCAAGUCUGACGGCUCUUCCCGUGCUGUUUCCCCUGUUCGUCCUAUCACAAUCAACGAUGACAGUCCCCAGAAAAAGAAACUGGGACGGCUUCAGAAGGGCCGCAGAGCCCCUUCGCCCGACCGGUCCGAAUCCCCCGAGGCUAUGAUGAGUGAUUCGGACGAUUCAAAUGCCCAGGUCCAAGAAUCCACCGCUGGCGGUUUGGAUUCCAAGGUCUUGAAGUUCUUCAACACAUGUCGUGUUCAAGAUCUCGCUGAUAUUGCCUCUAUCCCCGAAGAAACCGCUCAAAUCAUCAUUUCGAACCGUCCAUACGAGACCCUCGAAGAGGUGCGUGUGGUCUCUGCCCCAGUUGUCGAGACCGUGAAGCCCAAGGGCAAGAGAGGAGGCAAGGCUCCUAAGCCCAUUGGAGACAAGAUUGUUGACAAGUGUAUUGAUAUGUGGACUGGAUACCUGGCCAUUGACGCUCUUGUUGGCGAGGUUGAGGAACUCGGCAAGCCAGUCGCCGAAGAGAUGAAGAAAUGGGGUGUUGACACCUUUGGAAAGAAGGGUGACUUGGAAAUCACCAACCUUGCUCCUUCCAAAUUGGAACACGACUCGGGUAUUGCUACUCCGGCAUCUGAACGCCAAUCUUCUGAAAGUGAUGAAGAAAGCGGCAAACUGGUCGUUUCGAAGCGCAAAUCUCGUUUCAUCUCACAGCCGUCUAUCAUGGCUGACGACCUGGUGAUGAAGGAUUACCAAGUUGUGGGGAUCAACUGGCUGGCAUUGUUGUUUGAAAAGAAGCUCAGCUGCAUCCUGGCUGACGACAUGGGUCUGGGUAAGACUUGCCAGGUCAUUGCAUUCCUCGCACAUCUGUUUGAGAAGGGCAUCAAAGGCCCUCACCUGAUUGUCGUUCCGUCUUCGACCAUUGAGAAUUGGCUUCGCGAGUUCCAGAAAUUCUGUCCGGUCUUGAGCGUCAUGCCUUACUACGCUGGUCUCAACGAGCGUGCUCUCAUCCGCGACGAGAUCGAGGAACGACGUGACGAAAUCAACGUUGUGAUCACCACCUACACGAUUGCCAAGGCGAAGCUUGAUGCCAAGUUCUUACGUGACAUGGAUUUCACUGUUUGUGUCUAUGAUGAAGGCCACAUGCUGAAGAACCAUCAAUCUCAGCUGUAUGAAAAAUUGAUUCGAAUCCGAGCGCGUUUCCGCCUGCUUCUUACCGGUACUCCCCUCCAGAAUAACCUGCAGGAGCUGGCAUCUCUUCUCGGCUUUAUUCUUCCCUCAGUCUUCCAGGAGCACAAGGAAGACCUUCAUGCAGUGUUUUCCAACAAGGCAAAGACGACUGACGAGUCACACGCUACUCUCCUGUCCCAGCAGCGCAUUGAGCGCGCCAAGUCCAUGAUGAAACCUUUUAUCCUCCGACGAAAGAAGCACCAGGUCAUUGAUCUUCCGGCCAAGCAUUCCUAUGUUGGUUGGUGCCAAAUGAAACCUUCCCAGGUCAAGAUCUACGAUCAUGAAAAAGAGCAAGUGCGCCAGCUCUUGGCAGACCGUGAAGCUGGAAAGAAGACUGGCUCCAAGUCGGCCAACAUUCUCAUGAAGUUGCGCCAGGCUGCUAUUCACCCCCUCCUUGCUCGUCGUCACUACACCGAUGAGAUUUUACAGAAGAUGGCUAAAGCUUGCCUGAAGGAAGACAAGUGGUCGCUAUCCGACCCUAAGAUCAUUCUUGAGGAGCUCAUGCCAUACAAUGACUUCGAGUGCCACCACAUGUGUGUGGAAAACCCCAAUUCCCUCGGCAAGUUCAAGCUCAAGAACGACGAAUGGAUGGACUCCGGCAAAGUGGAGCACCUCAAAGAGCUUCUCACCCGUUUCAUCGCCAAUGGCGAUCGCACCCUCAUCUUCUCUCAAUUCACGAUGGUUAUGGACAUCCUUGAGCAUGUUCUGGAAACCUUGAAAAUUGAAUUCGUCCGCCUGGAUGGCCGCACCAACGUCGAGGACCGCCAAUCCAUCCUCGACGCCUUCCACGAGCGCACCGAGAUCCCCGUCUUCCUCCUGUCCACAAAGGCCGGUGGUGCCGGUAUCAACUUGGCCUGUGCCAAUCGCGUGGUCAUCUUUGAUUCUUCCUUCAACCCACAGGAAGAUGUGCAGGCUGAGAACCGUGCCCAUCGAGUCGGCCAGACCCGCGAGGUUGAAAUUUACCGUCUGGUGACCAAGAACACCAUCGAGGAGCAGAUCUACGCACUGGGCCAGACCAAGCUGGCACUUGACCAGGCCGUCGCCGGAGAGGAUGAGGCCGGCGCCAAGAAGGGCGAGGAGGCCGGCAUGAAGGUCGUCGAGGGAAUGAUGAUGGCCGAGCUGAAGGUGAAGGCAGACAACUGA